AUGGCAGAUAAAAAUAUGGUUCAAAACGCAGUAAAACCAAAAGAAAAUCAUGAAGGUGAUGAAAAUGGAUGGGAAAAUGAAGAAAAUGAAGAAAAUUGCAAUGAUGCUGAAUUUGAAGCUAUAAAUGCUCAACUAGAUCAGCUUAAUUCAGUGUUGGAUAACCUCGAACAAAAAAAUGACGAUAUUCGUGCAGAAUUGAUUCAAUUACUACAAUCUAAUCGUGAAGCAAGAAAACAAUUUCAAGAAUUUCAGGAUUCUGUAAAACCAAAUUUAUAAUAUUUUAUUUUGGACGGAUAAUAAUGAUAUAUUGUAAAUAUAUUAAAUAAUAAAACAAUAUAAUAAUACAUAUAUAUUAUAGA